ACGUUGUUUGUGUGCGAAACUGGUGGGCUUAGCGCAAGGUGCUGAAAGUGGCGGGAAAAUUUGUUAAAGAUUUUAGCGACAGCCGCAACGGAGAGCUAGAGAGACCGACAGACAGACAGGCAGAGUGUGAGAGUGAACGGGAUUUAUGAAGACAGAGCGAGAGAGCGAGAGAGAGAGAGAGAGCAGCAUAAAGAGUGUGGAAGAGCGUGAGGCGGCGGUGCAGAGCUGAGUGGGUUGAUUAGAAUCAAAACAGGUAGUCGCAACAAGCAGUUGCAAUAACAGUCACUGGAAGAGGGAGGGGGUGGCAGGCAGUCGAAGCAUUAAACGAAUCAUUUGACUGCAACAAUAAACAAGACAGCAACAACAACAACAACGAGUGGAACGAAUAUGACCACCUCAACGCCCAGCAACAACACCAGCACCAGCAGCAAUACUAGUAACAACAACAACAACUACAACAGCAGCAGCAACAACAACAACGAUAACAACAAUCGACAGGGGGACAGCGAGCGUGCAACAUCGGCAACAGCAACGGCAACUUUGUACAACAGCAACAGCCCGACUGCAACAUCAGCAGCCAUAGGAUCAACAAAUCGUGUCAUGCAAGCGGACGAGGAUUUCAACAUACGAUUCGUUAAUUUGGUGCGCACGCAUCGCUGUCUGUACGACAAGAAAGUGCCGGAGUAUCGCAACAGAGACAACCAGGAGAAGGCCUGGGCGCUGAUAUCAAAAGAGACAUGCGAGAGUGUGAUACACUGCAAGGAACGAUGGAGGAAUCUGCGUGCCUGCCUCUCGCGCUAUAUCAAACAGCAGAGCGGCUCGGAGCCACAGCACAAACCCUAUUAUCUGACCGAGCAUAUGGCCUUCCUGCUGCCCUUCCUCAAGUCGACGCGUAACUCGUUGGAUGGCAAUUCGAGCUUGGCUAGUCUCUAUCAGUUCUCGCAGCAGCACUUGCACCUGCAGCAGCAGCAGCAUCAGCAUCAGCAGGAGCAUUUGUACUGCAACAACAACAACAACAAUAACAAUAAUAAUAACAAUAUUGCUCUCAAUGGAUCACUAGAGCUGAAGCAGUCACUGUCGGAGAACGACGAUGAGGAGACGAUCGAUGCAUUUGAUCCAGCCAUAGCCGCAACGCUGGGCCUGCAGCGUGCUGCACCCACUCCAGGCUCCAAUGUGUUGGCCGCUCCCAGCUCGCCGGCGCAUAGCGAGACGGCGAGCGCGAAUAGCCUACAGAACUUCAUACCCGACGUGCAGCUGGCGGAGUCUGGGCAGGAUCUGAUAUACAACGAUGCAUCCUCCACACCGUUGCACCAUCAACUGCAGCACGCCCACAACCAUGUGCUCCACCAUCAUCACAUGCAACACCAGCAGCAACAGCAGGCGGCGCACUUCGAGCCCAGCAGCGCCAAGCGCAUCAAGACCGAGUGCGAUGCAGCGGGCAGUGGCGUCGCCUACUUUGGCGGACUCAGCGCAACGGAGCACACGGACAUGGAGUUCUUCCGCAGCAUUCUGCCGGACAUUGCGGCACUGACGCCGCAGCAGCGACGCAAAUUAAAAAUUGGCAUACUAGAACUAAUCGACGAGGUUGUGGAGCGCUAUCCAUCACAGGAGCAUUUGAACGGUGCUGUUCCUAAUGGCAGUGGCAGCGGCAACUCUGCUGCUGCCGGUGGUGCUGGUGGUGGUGGCGGCGGGGGUGGUGCUGGCUCAGCUGGCAACAGCACAGCGGGGCGAUACCAGCGCCGCAAUUCGGGUCGGGAAUACAAGUUUAAGAUAUAAGCACUUUAAUCUAUAUAAUUAUUAGAUGUUUAGUUAGAUAAUCUUGAACUAAUUGAUGCUGAGAGCUGAGAAGCUGAAGAUGGGAGGAGUUGUUAGAUAAUUGGCAGAUGAAAGCAAAUACCAAAAACAGUUUAUGAUUGUAAUUCAGUGCAAAUAAGAGGCAAGUUCAGAUACAUUAGAAAUUACUCAGAUUGACAGAGCACAAGAGUCUUAUAAAAUGCAUUUCUUAUACAAAUACGUAUUGUGCAACAGGCAAUUCGAAUUAUUUCAAAUUAUUUUUUAAUUUUAUCCUUCAAUUCAAAUAUUGCAAUAUUUUUUAUUAGACAACUUUUUGUUUCAUUCAAAAUAUAAUUAGUUUUUGAGUCAAUGAUUUCACUUAGCUAAAUUUUAAAAUUAUUGUAAAUUGUUUUAUACAGUGAGUGAUACUGAUAUUCGGUUUUUUAUUUUUCAACUUUUUUUCCGGUUUAUUUAUAAUUUUUGUUAGUAUGUCAAAUAUUGAUAUAUACCUCACCGGAAAGGUUAUUUUUUAAUCUACAAUUUAGCAUUUAGUCUUUUUUAAUUUCAAUUAUUUUUUUUUUUUUUAUAGGCCUUUGAAGUUAUAGCUGAAAAAAAACGGAAUAUCAAUGUCUCUCUAUAAAUUUUUUCAUAAUUUAAAUUUGCAACUUUUUUUUUUUGAAAAUUAGAUUUAAAAAAUAGAAUAUAUAUCCUUUUUUAUUUUCUCAUUUAUAUGUCAAAUUCAACAACCAUUCGUAGUAAUUCAUUGGGAUAUAUGACGUAAAUUUUUAUUGAAAUUCAAUUAAAUUUUUUUUUUUUUGACUUUAAAAACGCAGAAGCCUUGCAACUCCAUUAAUUAUUCGAUUAUUUAUCGAUUAUUUUUUCUGGAAUUGCUUUCAUUUAAAAUUCAAUUUUUGUAAGCCUCACUUCAAUAUUCAAUUUGUUUUACAAAAUGUUCUGACUUCAAAUUAGAAUGGUUUAUCCUAUUGUCUGAUUAAAUCUCUGUGAAAUUGAACAACAGUCUAUCCCUAGUCAGCAUCGCAGCUCUUCAGCCGUUCGCUGUUCGGUGUCCAAGUGUCGUGUGCUCAAUGUGCUAGUUGUAGAUAUUAAUGAACUUAGUUGUGGCAGCUCUAGGCUGUGGCAGCGCUAAUUGUUGUGUUUAUCUAGGAAAUAUUGAAUAGGAUAAGCCGCUCUGUAUAUAGAAAUGGAUGUCUUGUUAUAGUGCGUAUUUAGGGUAAGCUAUAUAGAAUUGAUGUACAAAUUCGUUGCUGUUUAGGCUAAGGCGAGAGAUUCCUCAACUCGUGUCAAAGAAAUAAAUCAAUGUAUGAAAAUAUUA